UUCCCGGAGCUCGGAGGCUGAGCCGCUCGCGUCGCUUCACCAGGCGGCAUCCCACCUGCAGGCCGCGGUGCCCGACGUCUGCAUCCUGAGCCCCGGGCCCGGCGAGGCGGCUGACGACGGGUGCGGACGCUUCCCCGGCGAGCCUGGGAGCCACAGCAGUCGGCAGAGGGCGGCGAAACGCCGGAGCCACAGUCAUCCGCUAGAGCGUCCGGAGGCCCCGUCCGGGGAUCUAGGUAAACCUGCGGUCCAUCAUGAAGUUCCAGUAUAAGGAGGACCAUCCCUUUGAGUAUCGGAAAAAGGAAGGAGAAAAGAUCCGGAAGAAAUAUCCAGACAGAGUCCCUGUGAUCGUGGAGAAGGCGCCUAAAGCCAGGGUGCCGGACCUGGACAAGAGGAAGUACCUUGUGCCCUCUGACCUCACAGUCGGGCAGUUCUACUUCUUAAUCCGGAAGAGGAUCCACCUGCGACCUGAGGACGCCCUGUUCUUCUUUGUCAACAACACCAUCCCUCCCACCAGUGCCAGCAUGGGCCAGCUGUAUGAGGACAACCAUGAAGAAGACUAUUUUCUGUACGUGGCCUACAGCGAUGAGAGCGUCUACGGGAAAUGAGUGUCGGGAAGCGCAGCCGAUGGGAGCGCCUGGACUUGGGGGACGGGGAGGGCUGCGUGUGGGCUCCCACCGGGGACGAGACCGAACCUGAGACAUCGGGAACCAUUACACCGCACAUACUGUCAUCCUGUUUUCACAUGCUCAGUUGAUUUUUUUGUUUGUUUGUUUGUUUGGUUUUUUUUUUUUGCUGCUUCCUCAGCCCGGGGAGAAAGCAUGUCAGAACAGAGCUGUUUGAGAUGGGCUUUGAGAAAGGCUUGGGGAUGACGCCAUUGUCGAAGUUUUUUUCUGUGAUUUCCUGGGAGCGUCAGGAAAUCGGCCAGUUAGGGCCAGCUAUGGUUGUGGUCCAGGGUGACUCUCUUCUCAGCAGAUUUUUAUUUUUGACCUUCACAUGAGACAAAAAAAGGGGGGAAUUGUAGGGAGACAGGGAUGGUCUGCAACUUGGUGGCCGUAGGCGGUGCCUUUUGGGGGACCAAGGCAUUGCAGCCUUCCAGGACUCCUCCCUUCCAUCCAAGUCAUGUUGUCACACACAAGCAUCUCAGUCUCACCCCAGGGGUGGGGCCACAGAAACUGAGGUGGAACUCACAGCGUGGAGAUGGGGGUCAGCCGUGAAGGUGGUGGCGAGGAUGAGGUAGUUAGGCUAGCUCGAAACUGGAAUUGACUUGAGUGUGGGGCGUGUCUCUAACCUGCUAGCUCUCUCUGGUGCCCCUUAGUCCACACCUGCCCCCUCGGUUAGUGGGCCCUAGGCUAUCCCAGAGUGACUCCCUUAGCGGAUCCUCUAGCAUUUCCCAUGUAGAGGGGUGCAGAUGUCUGGGGUGUGGAGGGGCCGGUGGGCCUGUGCCUCACCCAGGCUUUCUUCCUCUCCUGCUACUGUGUCCCACGCGCAGGAACGCUUUGGGGUGGCCAGCUGCUUCCCUCCCUCAUUUUUAGGAGUCUGGAGGGCUAAUACUCAACUCCUGGGGAUCUUACCGAUUUCUUUUUUUGGAGGGGGUGGGGUUACUUGGGUUGGGGGCGGGGGCACAGGAACUGCACCCUGACGUGUACCAUCUCAUUUCAUCUCUGCUAAUACCAAGGGUCUUGGAAUUUCAGUUCUGCCAGCCCCAGGCUCUUGUAUAACAGUCCGUGCUGUCAGGCCUCAGAAAUAAAGUACUUGCUCACCACAAA